CGUGUGCAUGCGUUCUUUCUUCUUUCCCUUCUUCACCCUUCGAUUUGAGCACGUCCGUUCCGCAGAACUUCAUUGAUUCGCUCGCUUGAUAUUUGCAGAGACAGUUGCAUUACGAACAGCUAGCUUAUCACUGAGCAAAACAGAGUCUUCAGCAGCUGUCAGAAAACUCACACCCAUCGUAAUCAUUAUUGCCUUGAUGCCGCGACCAAGUCGAUUUGGUCAAGAACAACAAACUCCCCUGAAAGACACGAUCGACUUGUCGGUGGUUAUCUUACCAAGCGUAACAGUAGUGGCCAGUCUCAAGUGAAAAUGUCAGCACGAGGGGCGCGAAGCCGGAAAGUUCAGCAGAAAGACACCGAGAAGAAGGAAAAGAAGGUCGCGGUGCAGGGCAAAGCUCCAGAGGUCCAUGAUGCUUUCGCAGACUGGCGAGCUACACCGAGUAGCAAUGGACCUCGCAACGCCGGCGCUGGACUGACCCGGUCCGUCAGCAACUUGAGUCGUGGGACUUCGCGCAGCAGUGGUACGAAUGGCAGCGGCAACCGGUCACGUCUGAACACGACAUACUCGAAUGAAAGUUCGAGUCAUGGAGGACCGUCAAAGAGCUCUACGAGCGGUGCAGCAUCAGUCUCGGACCAUUCAGCUAGGGGUCAAGAUAAGGCGAAAUUCCAGGCAAAUGGAAAGAAGACGACAGCUCCCCGAGGGCGAGGUGGAGGCGUCCCCAUCAAGACCACAGUUACGCCAACACCUGAGCCGACACUGUUUCAAAGCGAGUCACCUGCUCCACGCCUUGCGAGCCACAGGAGAACGUGGCUUGACUUCAUGAUAUGGGAAGGGGGCAAAGAAGAAAUGCGACCAUACGGUGGCUUUGCAUUCGAUGAAGAUAUGCACAGCGGCAGCGUCUUGAUUUACUUCAAGGAAGAGCAGCUGGAUGAAGCUCAUCCGGUACCCUCGAUACGUGCCGAGCUUGAAGUCAUCCAGAGCUCAGGAUCAAGUUGGCUGAGCAAUGCGCUUUUGAUGGGAUGUCUCGAUGAGGACGAAGAUGACUGGGCUUCAACUGCUGCAGACGAGUUGAUGGCUCCGUCACGACAAUACGCGCACGACAGAAGGAUGCUCGGUCCAAUAUCGCUCGGAGGCAUGUCACCGCCACCUUUGGACAUAGAUCGCGUCUCUUCACGAGCGCCUUCCAGAAGCGCUUCCCUCGCUCCGCAGACGUAUUCAAACGAUCGAGCGCGCUCGCCAUUGUCUGGGCAUCUCCGACAGAACAGCCAGCAAAAUCCCACUCAUGAGAUUUGGUUUACUGCGCCUUCAGAGCUCCGUACGGUGCAGGCUCAGCGGCUGCACCAUGUCGCCAUCCGGAACUUCCUCGCCAUUCUACACGGCAAGCCGAUAGUGGGAGCAGAUGUAUUUGACAUGCUCAGCACACUGCAAAUGCAAAUACAAGUCAUGUAUGACCUCGACACUGACACGCGGUCAACGACGCCAGCGGAACGCAGCGUGCAAAUGAUUACAAACUAUCUGGGACAGUAUGGCAUCGACAACGUGUGCAAAGACACAAGACAUGCAUUGGCUCUCCUCGCGUGGGCUGAGCAAGACUCUGUGAGAUGGCGAAAAGGUUAUUUGGAAUGCUUUACACAUCUUGCGGGCGCAAUGACACCACGUAUGGAGGAAACGUCUGGAUUCAAGCGGCUCUCGAUUACUACAAGGCGCAAUCUCGGCAUCGCUGCGAAGACCUUACAGCUCCGGGUCAUGGAAGCCGAAGAGAGGCUGGGCACUUUCGAUUUUGCCGACUUGUGGAAAGACAGCCCAAAGCUUACGAAUGGUCCUGUUCACCAAAGCUACCAAGGUUUCCGGCAGUUCCUUAUCGACCAUUACGGAAGGAUAUACGGAACUUGGCCACCACCUUCAGAAGGCCUAUGGCUGAAUCGCAAGGCUGUUCUCGCAAUGCAAGACGACUUUGGGUCUCUGUACGACUACCUUGUAGAUCGCGACGUAUACUGGAAUCCUCGAGAAGAGCGCGCAAGCAGGAAGUGGGAGAUGCAGCACCGCCUGACCGAUGAUUUCGAGGCAGACCUGCCAGAGCUUGGGAUCACAGAUAUGCUGGUGAUGUACGAUGCAAAAGCUGGCUAUGCACAUAUACCACAUCCGUAUCCAUUGUUACCGAGAGAAGUCUCGAAGCUCCCAAAACCCAAGGAGAAGAAGAGCUUCUUCUCGUCGUUGAAGAAAGACAAGACGAAAGACGCCACAAAGGACGCUAAGGCGCAUCUGCAACUCUCGAUCGUCUUCAGUGACGCGACGAAUAUUGAGAAGCUGGAUGUCAACUUCAACGGAUCAACAUUGAUCGAUAAGUUCGAGCAAUUCGAAUUGACCACUGAUCUUAAAAACAUUUCGCCGCGCGAAGCCCGUCUUGGCCGAUGGGUUCUUCUCUACGGUAUUUUGCAGGUCCUCUCCACCCUUUCUGUUGACGUUCAAGGCCUGAAGCACACGGAAGGUGUUCGCUACUUCCUUUGCACCGAUCUCAAGCGCUGCCCCGAGUGGGUAACGAGUGGGCAAAGCGACUCCCUUGAAGCCACACAGCAACGCUCUUGGUGCUGGCAGCGCGCUUGGGACCCGACACCAAUCCGCAAUGCGCCCGUCGAGCUCGAAGCAGCGGCCAUGCCUGACCGAUCGUCCGCACCACGGGAUAGAGCACGCUCAAACACGCAGACUCGCAACGUAGAGUAUACGUCCAAUUCUACGCCCCCGCCUCAACGCCCACUUCCUGCUGCACCACUCGACUUCAAAGGCGCAACAUUGAUGCAGAAUGACAUUGCCCGAAUCAGCGAGAAGAUCGACUCGCUGUCCAUGUCGCACAAUGCAUCACGUAUGCUGCGUCAAGAGUACGAGCGACGCCGCGAAAACGAGAAAGUCAUGGCCGGCGAAUUCAAAUCGCCCCGCAUCAACGAUGUGGGCGUCGAUUAUCGCCACCUGCGUACAGAGGAGUCCCACAGGCUUGCUGAAAGCGAGUAUGCAAGCCGGCCUCUGCCACCCAUCGGAGGAAAUAUGGAGAGAGACAAUCACAGGGAGAUUUACGCCAACCGACCACUUGCGCCACCUAGAGGUCUGUCCAGGGGUCCGAUGUCAUCAAGCAUGGACUUGGGCGGAUAUCCUUUCAGUGCUGCGGAGAUGGAUUUCCCCAGUCCACCCGGGUAUAGUGUUGGUACGAGGGAGAGGAGUGGGUCGAGACCGCCGCGGUACGGGAACGAAGUCAUGGCUGGCCAGGGGAGGGAGAGGAGCGCGAGUAGACUGCCUGGAUAUGAGGAACCGGGAGUGAGGAGGGAGAGAGUCGUAUAUGGGAGGAGUGGGUGGCAGUGAUUCCUUCUUUGCUGCAUGUAAAUGUCUUGUCUCGCAAAAGUUUGUGUUUUGAGGGAAGCAGAAGAAAAGGUAUGUGGCUAUGUCAGCAGAACAUCGCUUGUAUGCUUGUAUGUCCAAUAGUUGGG